UCUAAGAACCCUGUGAAGAAACUCCUUUCCUGUGCAGUCUGUUCAUAAAGGGAAGUGAAGACUUGCUUAAACAGCACUUAGUUUUUUUUCUUUACAUGCAGACAUCACUGUCAGCACAUAAACUUGCAGCAUGAACCAGUCAACCAAGCUGCCUUCUCCAGAGGAAAUGGCUCCUGAAGAGUUUGAAGGUGGGACAGCAGUUGCUUGUGUGAUUCUGGGUCUGUCCUUCCUGAUAGGAGCUCCGGGGAACCUGCUGGUGAUAUGGACUAUCCUGAGACACGUCAAGCAGCGCUCCCACACUGUAAUGCUAAUCCUGCACCUGGCUGCUGCUGACCUGCUGGUCCUCAUCACCCUGCCUCUAUGGAUCUACUCCCUGGCCCAGUCUUGGGUAUUUGGAGAGGUCUCCUGCAAGGCAAUGGUAUACGUGAUCAAUGCCUGUAUGUAUAGCAGCGUAUUCUUCAUAACCCUCAUGAGCGUUGAGCGCUUUGUGGCUGUGCGCUAUCCCUUUGUCUCAGCUGGCUGGAAGAGGAAAAAAGCUUUAAAUAAAGUUCUGCUGGCUCUGUGGACUGCAGCAUUCUUGUUCAGCAUACCUGUCAUCCCAACUCAGGUUGUCGGGAAGGAGUCUGGUGAGGAGCACUGUCUGUAUCGGGAAUACACUUCUACAACCCAGGAGUUGGUGUGUGUGCUGUUAGAGACAUUUAUGGGCUACAUACUUCCAUUCUCCAUCCUCGUGCUCUGCUAUGGCUGUCUGUGUAGUCGUAUUACUCAGAUGACUUUCAAAUCCAAACGCAAGUCCACAGUUCUGAUUGCCAGUGUAGUGGUUGUAUUUGCCAUUUGCUGGACGCCUCAUCACAUAGGAAAUGUUCUCUCACUCAUCAUCCUGGCCACUCAAGACUCCUACCCUGGCACAGCAGAGAAGCUGGAGAGUGUCAGGAGCACCACAACCUUCAUUGCUGGAGCAAUGGUCUUCAUCAGCAGCACUGCUAACCCGAUCCUCUAUAUGUUCGCAGCUCGCUCCUUCAGAAGUUCCUUGCGUGACACUGGCAUGCAGAAGCUCUUCCGCCACAUCUCCAGCACUUCUCCAGGUGAGGGCAAUAGAGAGGUGUCCUUUGUGUCCAAGCGACACAGCAAUCAGACCCACAGUUCUCAGUGUGUGUCUGAGUCAAAGGAGCAAAUGGACAUAUUGAUAAAAAUGUGUGAAACUAACCCGUCCUGAUAAUGAAAAUGUAUUACAUCAGUGCUGUGUGUCUCUUUGUAUAUAUUACUCUGUUUCUGUGUGCUGGAUAUUAAGAAAAUUAUGCCUGAAAUGGAGCUGAGAUUACAACACAGAUGAACAGGAAGUCAGUUUUUCUGUGCAAUACUUUUCUAACUCUGUAAAUGAUCUGUUUUACAUGUUUAAAAGAAAAAAUUCAUAUUAUGUUUUUUACAUUACUUUUUUUAAAAUGUUGUAUUUAUAAACGUGUAACGUAUUAAAAACUCUGCCUACAUGCUUUAGACAUUCCUCAAUGUAAAGUUUUGUUUUUGUUAAUGUCAAGAAAGAGAAAUGAUAGUGAUUAUGUUGUUAAUUCUGUUUUUUCAAUGUCAAUUGUUUUCAUUGACUGUAAGUGCAGGAAUAUGGUUACAAAACACAUUUAUGUUUUAAUCCCGUGGUUGUCUGCCACUUCUUCUUACAUUCUUGCCACAGAAAAAUAUUUCGGUCACAGCUUUGGCUGUCUUGGUUUAAGUAAGAUUGUCUAGAAGACUAACACUUUAAGAACUUGUUAAAUGUGCUGUCUCUGUUUGUUGGUAAACUUUAACAUCUCUGAUACAGUC